CUGGCGAGGUCUUGCGCGCCUUGCACGGGAGUAGCAGGAGCUCGGUGAGGCUCGCGGGCAGCCUUUGCUCUCCGUAGGAGGCAGUAGCAGCCAUGGGCUGCAACGCGAGCGCGCAGACCGUCGUUCCCGAUGAUGCACCGAAGCCGCAACAGUACCAAUGGUACUGGCAGUGCUGGGAUGAAAAAGUAGAGUACCCUGCGGAUGUGCGGGACCGCCUAGAAAAAGCCUACACGGAGUUCAAGGCGGGCCGCGGCCCGACGUAUCCGAUUAUAUCGAUAGGGGACGACGGCGACACGGUGUCGCUGAAGGCGAUGCAGCAGAUCUCGAAGACGGGCAUCAAGCGCAACGUGGUCCGAGAGACGACGGGCCCCGACCGGGCCGCGGUGUGGUACUACGGAUCACCAAAGAGGUGCGCGGGCGACGAGGUCCCGUUCGACGAAGGGGAAUGCGAUAGGCUGGAAGAGGCCUUCGCGGCGUUCCAGGACGGCGGCGCGGCGACCGUCAACAUUGAUGAAGACCGCGAGGUCUCUUUCCCGAGGAUGCGGCUGCGUCAUAUGAAAACGGGCGUGCGGCGCGCGGUCGUGCGCGAGGCCCUGCCCGAGAAAUAUGAAUGGUCCUGUACAAAAGGAGAGCGGACGCCCUACGGCGCCGACGUCCGCGACCGCCUCGAAGGGGCCUAUUUUGAGAUGAGCCGGGGCCGCGGCGCGUCGUUCCCGACGGUCGCCGUGGGCGGCGGCAACACCGUGCACCUCAAAACAUUACAGCAGAUCUCGGGGACGGGCGUGACGCGGGACGUCGUCCGCGUCGUCGAUUCACAUCCCCAGCAGUACCGGUGGUACUGUGAUGGGACGCUCUACGGCGAUGACGUCCGGGACAGGCUCGAGGCCGCCUACCAGCUCCUGCAGAGCGGCGGCGGCCCGACGUAUCCGACUAUACCGAUAGGGGACGACUGCAAGGUGUCGCUGAAGGCGAUGCAGCAGAUCUCGGGGACGGGCAUCAAGCGGGACGUUGUGAGAGAGGGCGACGGGCCCGACCGGGCCGCGCGGUGGUACUCGGUUACCGAGGCCACGGGUAGCGCCUACGACGCUGAUGACAACGAGCGCCUCGAGGCCGCCUACGCCAGCGAUCAGGUGGAAUUGGCCGUCGGCGACCGCACAAUUGACUUGCAGCGGAUGCAGCAGACGUCGACGGCGGGCGUCGUCCGGGAUUUGGUAAGGGAGAAGCUGCCGCAGGAGUACCGCUGGUCCUGCGCCGGCGACGAACUGACCCCUUAUACUGAUGACGCCCGGGCCAAGCUCGAGGACGCCUACGCGACCUUUCGCCAGGGCCGCGGGCCGACGUACCCGACCGUAUCCGUCGGCGACUGUGAGGUGUCGCUAAAGACCAUGACGUCGCGGCACGCGCGGACGGGCGUCCAGCGCGACGUCGUCCGCGAGCUCGCGCACGACGGGCCCGUCGUGCCGCCGCCGGACGCCUCCCUCGCGCGCGAGGCGUCGUCCGUCAAGCUCCAGGCCGCCCAGCGGGGCCGCGCGGCGCGGAAGGCCGGCCUGCGCGCGGCGCUGGCGGCGUCGCGCCUCCAGGCGACCGAGCGCGGCCGCCUCGUGCGCACGAAGCGACGGGCCGUCGCGGCCCACAUCCGGGCGGCGGCGGGCUUCCUCGUCGUCCAGCGCCGCCGGCCGCCCCGCUCGGGCGAGGGCCUCGCGGCGACGACGCUCCAGGAGACCACGAACGCCACCGCCGAGGAGGAGGCCGCCGCCAUCACGGCCGCCGUCGUCGACGACCUCGGGAGAGAGACCGACGAGGAGCCCGCGGUGCCGGCGACGCUCACGCGCGCCGAGAGCGUCCGGUCCGCCGAGGCGGAGUGGCGCAAGGCGCGGGACGUCAUCCGCGCGAUCCCGAACGCGCACGCGCCCAUGAGCCGAGCCUUACAGCGCCUCGUCGAGCAGCGCGAGGCGGCGUUCCGGGACGAGGCCCGCCGGGACGCGGAGGCGGAGGACGAGGCCGCGCGCCGGCGGCGGGAGGAGGAAGAGGCAGCGGAGGAGGCACGGCGGCAGCAUCAGGAGGCGAUCAUGACGCGCGUGCUAAAACGCCUGGUUGAGAUAAAGCUCGGCAAUGCUUUCGAGACCUGGUGCGUCGGCCUGGCCGAGCGGAAGUCGUGGCUGUCGCGCACGACAACGACGGCGCCCUUCUCGGAAAGCUUCGCGACCACGGGGAUCUUCGCGUCGACGCAGUCGCUGGGCGCGACGUUCAAAUCGACGCGCGAGGAGGCGUCGUCGUACCUCGACGAGGUCAUGCGCUCGCCGUCGCUCGCGCGGGCGUCGUCGGCCCGCGCGCGGUCGCGCGGCGGCCGCGCGGCGUCGCCGGAGAAGUCGCUGCGCCUGGCGGAUUGGAACUUCUCGCCGCCGCCGCCGGACCGCGUCGUGCGGCGGACGACGCCGGCCUACCCGUACUCGCCGCCCGUCCUCAAGGACCUCACGGCGAACCCACUGGGCGGCUCCGUGCGCGCGGCGACGCCGGCGCGGGGCCGGCGGCCGCCGUCGCCGACGAAGCAGCCGGAUUUUCGUCCUAGGGCGGUCGAUGCCGCCCGGAAGGAGGGGCCUCCACAUCAAGAAGAAGAGACGUCCACCGUGCUCACGCCGCGGCGGUCGCCGUCGCCGCCGCCCGCGGCGGACGGCGGACGUGCCGCGCUGGGGCCGCCCGCGCGGCCGGCGCCCGCGUCGCCCGCGGAGCCGACGCCCGCGUCACCCGAGACUGAAAUCCAACCGCGCUCGCGGUCGCGCUCUCCCGAGCGGCCGAAGACCGCAGCGCCGUUUUAUGGUCCACGGUCGCGGUUGCCCGAGCGGCCGCGGUCGGCGUCGCCCGUUGGCAGGAAUCCCUACUCGCCGCGCGAUCGGAAUUCGAAGGAAGCGGGAUGGAAUCCUUGCUUUAACCACGUCGUCGUCAAGAACAAGCCGCUCGACCCCCAACCGUAUGGGCCACCACCGCUCACAAAGCCCAAGGCCGUGAGACUGGACGGGGUGCCCCAGCACUUGCACCCGGGGAGCCGCCGCGCAGCGGAGACCGCGAAGAAGAUCAAGAAGUACCGCCGACAAAGACGCCGGAUCGCCGCGGCGGCGGAGGCGCGCGUCGAGGCUCUCAAGGAGCGGCGGGCACCGUGGGAGGCCUCGUUUGCCUAUCCCCGCGGGGACUCUGCGAACCGGAACGCGCCUCGGAAGCAGGCGCGGCCCGCGACGGCGCAGCCCGCGCGCCCGGCCGCGGACGCGGCGAAGAAGCGGCCCGCGACGGCUGGCGCCGCGCGGUCGCCGAUCCGCAUCGAGUUCAACCCGCGCCACGGCCCGCCUGCGCGGCAACCGGGGACUCGCGACCGCCUGGCCGACCAGAAGAACUCCUACCGCGCCAAGCUGGCCAAGCCGCCCCGCUUCGGUCCGAAGGUGCACGCUGCGAUCGCCGAGGAAAUGUAUAAGACCAUUUAG